CGGAAGUGGCCUGCGAGCCUGGUGCCCGCCGACACCAUGAUGGGUAAACUGAGGCCGGAGAAGGAGCGGACCCGCCGAAGUGCCGGGUGAAUGCAGCAGAGUGAGUUUUUGGGCGAGGAAGUGCCUCUGAGUGCAUCCGACCCAGUCUAACCGCAUACGUUGGAAAGCUGGAGCUCCAGGAAGUAGGAGGCAGGUCUGAGUUCUCAAACUGCCCUUGUCGCUGCUGAAGACAGCUCAGAAUCACCCCAUGUUGGUGGAGCUUAAAAACGGGGAGACAUACAACGGGCACCUGGUGAGCUGUGACAACUGGAUGAACAUCAACCUGCGCGAGGUGAUCUGCACAUCUAGGGACGGGGACAAGUUCUGGCGGAUGCCCGAGUGCUACAUCCGGGGCAGCACCAUCAAGUACCUGCGCAUCCCGGACGAGAUCAUCGACAUGGUCAAGGAGGAGGUGGUGGCCAAGGGCCGGGGCCGCGGCGGCCUGCAGCAGCAGAAGCAGCAGAAGGGCCGAGGCAUGGGGGGCGCCGGGCGAGGUGUGUUUGGCGGCCGGGGCCGAGGUGGGAUCCCGGGCACAGGCAGAGGUCAGCCGGAAAAGAAGCCGGGCAGACAGGCGGGCAAACAGUGAGCCGCCUCUCCACACCCCAGAGA